AUGAAGUCUUCACUCAGAAAUCCCCCCACCCCCACCCUGGUUCAGUUUGUCACGCUAGAAAUAUUUUGGGAGAAGGUCUACAUUUCCGAGAUCUCCCACCCAGGAAUCCGGGGGGCGUUGGGCUCCUGUCCUCAAAUCAUGGCUGUUUUGGGCGCCCUCUUCCUUUACGCUUUAGGUCUCCUGGUGCCCUGGCGUUGGCUGGCGGUUGCUGGAGAAGUCCCUAUCCUUCUCAUGAUGUCUCUCCUCAUCUUCAUGCCCGACUCGCCCCGUUUCCUGAUUUCCAAGGGGAAGGAAGACGAGGCCCUGGGUGCUCUCCGGUGGCUGAGAGGCGAAGAUGUGGAUUAUUGGUGGGAAUACGAGCAGAUCAAAGCCAGCGUUCAGGAACAGAGCCAACCCAUUACUUGGGCAGAAAUCCGCAAACCUCACAUCUUCAAGCCUAUCGUAAUUACUUUGCUGAUGAGGUUCCUGCAGCAGCUUUCGGGGGUUACCCCAAUCCUGGUUUACCUGCAGCUGAUAUUUGACAGCACGGAGGUGAUCCUGGCCCCGGAGUAUGACGCCGUUAUUGUGGGCGGCGUUCGCUUAGCCUCGGUGCUGGUUGCGGCUUUCUCGAUGGAUAAAGCUGGGCGGAAGGUUCUUCUGUAUGUCUCUGCUUGCCUGAUGCUCGCCUCAAACCUCACGUUGGGCGUCUACAUCCGCUUCAUCCCUCAACUUCUCCACAAUUCGUCAGCGGUGGCGGCGAAUGGGACCCACGGGGGCCUCGGCGACCCCUCCAUGGUGGGCCUCACCGCGAUCCCUUUGGUGGCCACCAUGUUCUUCAUCAUAGGCUACGCCAUGGGUUGGGGUCCCAUUACGUGGUUGUUGAUGGCAGAGGUCCUUCCCCUGAAGGCGCGAGGGGUGGUCUCCGGCCUCUGUGUACUUGUGAGUUGGUUGACUGCCUUCGCCUUGACCAAAGCCUUUCUGUUGGUUACGGAAAAAUACGGCCUGGAGGUCCCCUUUUUUUUCUUCAGCGCCAUCUGCGUCAUCAACCUCGUCUUCACCUACCUCCUCCCGGAAACCAAAGGGAAAUCCUUGGAACGGAUCGAGUCGUACUUCCGCACGGGGCGUAAAUCCUUCCUGGAAUCCUUCCGGCACCACAGCUGA